CAAACACCGGGUUAAAGCAUUACUCUGCAGUCGCCCUGAAGGACUGCCACCAUUUGGCUCAGAAGCUCCGUCCCCUUUCCUUUUCCUGCCAGCCCCGAGAAUUUCACUUUCACUUCUCAGCCAGUUCCUCAGGAGGAACUACUUCAUGCAGACUCAGCCCCCGGUUGGAGAAUGAACCCUGACCAGAACUGCCCCGUCUUUUCCUCACCACUUACACCAGGAGUCAAGACAUCUCCGCUGGGACCUGAAGGAAUCUUUAAACAGGAAGACCCUCAGGAAGAAACCAGGGGAGCAGCUGCCAUGGCUUUAAAAUUCCUGGUGAACAUGAAGGAGAAGGUGACUUGUGCCAUCUGCCUGGAACUUUUGACAGAACCCCUGAGUCUAAACUGUGGCCACAGCUUCUGCCAAGCCUGCAUCACUGACAACAAGGCGUCAGAGAUCGGCCCAGGAGGGGAAAGCAGCUGUCCUGUGUGUGGUGUCAGAUACUCGUUUGGAAACUUAUGGCUUAAUCAGCAUCUAGCCAACAUAGUAGAGAGGGUCAAAGAGGUCAAGUUAAGCCCAGAGGAAGGGCAGAAGAAAGAUCUCUGUUUGAGCCAUGGAGAGAGACUCCGACUCUUUUGUAAAGAGGAUAGGAAGGCUAUUUGUCAGCUCUGUGAGUGGUCCCGGGAGCACUGUGGUCAUCAGAUAUUCCUCAUGGAGGAGGUAGUCAAGGAAUGCCAGGAAAAGCUCCAGGCCGCUCUGGACAGGCUGAGGAAGGAGCAUCAGGAAGCUGAGAAGUUGGGCACUGACAUCAGAGAAGAGAGAACUUCCUGGAAGAAUCAGAUACAGGCUGAGAAACAAAGGAUACAAACAGAAUUUAAACAGCUUAGAAGCAUCCUGGACUUUGAAGAGCAAAGAGAACUGCAGAAAUUGGAGGAAGAGGAGACGAAGACCCUGCAGGACUUAGCUGAGGCUGAGAAUGAACUGGUUCAGCAGAGCCAGUUGCUGAAAGAGCUCAUCUCAGAUCUGGAGCGUCGCAGUGAAUGGUCAGCCAUGGAGCUGCUGCAGGAUACGAGUGGAAUCAUGAAAUGGAGCGAGGUGUGGACAUUGAAGAAGCCAAAAACUAUUUCCAAAAAACUGAAGCAUGGAUUCCAUGCUCCAGAUCUGAGUGGAGUGCUGCACAUGUUUAAAGAGCUAACACAUGUCCAGCGCUACUGGGUGGACAUGACAUUUAACCCAUUCAACUUAAAUUUGAAUCUCAACCUUUCAGAGGAUCACAGACAGUUGGCAUCUGUGCCAAUUUGGCCUAUAAAGUAUUAUAAUUAUGGUGUGUUAGGCUCCCAAUAUUUCUCAUCAGGAAAACACUACUGGGAAAUAGAUGUGUCCAAGAAGACUGCCUGGAUCCUGGGGGUAUACUGUAGAAAACGUUCCUGUAAUAAAAAGUUUGGUGUUAGACGAGGCACAAAUUAUCCAAAUGCUUAUUCCAGAUUCAGACCUGAAAAUGGCUACUGGGUUGUAAGGUUACAGAAUGAAUCUGAGUACAAUGCCUUUGAGGACUCUUCCACCUCUGAUCCCAAGGUCUUGACUCUUUCCAUGGCUGUUCCCCCCCGCCGUGUAGGGGUUUUCCUAGACUAUGAAGCAAGCACUGUCUCAUUUUUUAAUGUCACAAACCAUGGGUCACUCAUCUACAAGUUCUCUAAAUGUCACUUUUCUCAGUCUGUUUAUCCCUAUUUCAAUCCUUGGAACUGCCCAGCUCCCAUGACUCUGUGCCCACCGAGCUCCUGAACAUUCUCCUUCCCUCACCUACUUCUGUGUAGCAAACCUUGUCCUGAGGCUCAUCUCCUGCACCUGAGCUGAUUUCUACAUUUAAACCUUCUCUUCCUUGUUGUCUCUCUUCUUUAGAACAUUUACCCGUUCUUGGGAUUUGCAACUCUUUCUGGAUUAAGUUAGAAGAGAAUCUUAUUUACCCAGUUACCCUUUUCUGUAUUCUCAGUGACAGACAUUGAAUCCCUCUUAAAGACAAAGUAAUAUUGGUGUAACAUCUCUGCCCUGAUAUUUCUCCAUAUUUUCCUUUAUCACUGAUUUUGAGAGGUAUGGCAAAACCUGUCUAAAACCAC